CACGAAUUUCCGGAAUAUUGCAUUGUGGAUAAUUAUGAAGUCGUAGUCGCAAGAAAUAUCAAAUGCAUUUAAUUUAAAGCAGUGCUGUUGAAAUUUCUGCACAAUAUCUGAAUAAAACAAGUGAUAGUUUCUUUUGAAAAGGUUACUACAGACUCCGUUUGUCAUGUUUAUUACUGCCUUAUAAUAGCCAUAAUAAUGGAGGAAAGUGUGGUGUUGUUAGAAGAGACCCCAGUCCAUCACUCAUCUGAAGAUGACCCACCAUCAUUGCAAGCAGCUUCAGACAAAAUUGGCAUAACAUUAAGUUCGGCUAAGACAACUUCUUCACAUCCUGCUAUUCGGAACUCGGCUUCAUCUACAGAGUUACCCUACCUUGCGGAUAUGGAUACAAUCGCGGAUGUUUGUCUUGUUGGUUCCACAGCCACAGUAACACUAGGUUCGUCAUCACAAACAUUGACAGAUCAAAGUAAAAUAAAAGGAUCUGCAACAAAAUAUGAAACUUUACCAGCUUCAGCUCAUGUGUUAUCAUCAGUCAGUGGUAAGACAGACGAUCUGCUCGUUACUUCUAAGUCAACAGGGAUAAAUAAUGUGCCGAUUCCGAAAAAAGCCACGUGUCACAAUGAAGCAUCUGUCAGUGGUAAGGCAAGUGAUCUGACAGUUACUUCUAAGUCGACAGGGAUAAAUAAUGUGCCGAUUCCGAAAAGAGUCACGUGUCAAAAAGAAGCAUCUAAACACCCACCAGUUGGAUUGUCACUGGCUGUUAUGUCUAGUUAUUCUUCUGGUGAAUAUAUCUCGCGGAUAACACGUACAUUUGCACCACCAGGAUCAUCACUGAUUUCAUCUACCAAACACAGCCCAAAAAGUACUUUGAAAUCAGUUAUUUCAUCAAAUAUUUCAUCUACACAACAAGGUUCAUUGGUACCAGCAGGAUCAUCAAGUAUUUCAUCUACCACAGGUACUUUGACAUCAAUAACUCCAACAAAUAUUUCAUCUACACAACAAGGUUCAUUGGUACCAGCCGGAUCAAUAAGUAUUUCAUCUACCACAGGUACUUUGACAUCAACAACUCCAACAAAUAUUUCAUCUACACAACAGGACUCAUUGGUACCAUCAGGAUUAUCAAGUAUUUCAUCUACCACAGGUACUUUGACAUCAAUAGCUCCAACAAAUAUUUCAUCGACACAACAAGGUUCAUUGGUAUCAGCAGGAUCAUCAAGUAUUUCAUCUACCAAACACAGCCCAAUAGGUACUUUUACAUCAAUAACUCCAUCAAAUAUUUCAUCUACACAACAAGGCUCAUUGGUAUCAGCAGGAUCAUCAAGUAUUUCAUCUACCACAGGUACUUUGGCAUCAAUAACUCCAUCAAAUAUUUCAUCUACAAAACAAGGUUCAUUGGUAUCAGCAGGAUCAUCAAGUAUUUUAUCUACCAAACACAGCCCAAUAGGUACUUUGACAUCAAUAAUUUCAUCAUCAGAACAUUUCUCAUCAGGUGUAUUGGUAUCAUCAGUUUCAUCAAGUAUUUCAUCUACCAAACACAGCACACUUGGUACUGUGACAUCAAUAAUGCCAUCAGAUAUUGCGUCUACAGAACAAGGUUCAUCAGGUUCAUUAGUAUCAGCAGUUUCAUCAAGUAUUCCAUCCACCGAAAAUUUGACCAAAACCGAGGAAAACAUUAUGUUACCUUCUCAAACCGAAAAAUUAUCCAGUUCACAAAAUCCGACUUCUUAUAAAAAGGAACACUGUUAUACAAAAUCUAGCCCAGAAACAAUGUCAAAUGCUAAGGCUAUGGAAACAGAAACAGAAACAACAUGUGAAGUGGAUACUACCAAAAGAGAUGUUGAAUUUGUAAGUAAAGAGAACGAACAUUUUGCUCCAAGUCACAUGCCACUUGACAAUAGUCAACCCUCGACACCAACAUCUUUAGAUUCCAUAAUGUCGUUCUCUUUGUCAAAUAAUGACAGUAAUGAUGGAUCGUUUUAUAUGGAGGUGGAGGAUGGCAUUGACAAUGAAAGAAAUGAUGACAGGGAAAACAAUGACGGGGAUAACGCAGAUGGAAGUCACCUUUCUGCUGAGUUAAAGACAAAAUUGAGUGAAAGCAGCGAUUCGUUUGUAUUGCCACCAGCACAAAGUAUGGAAAAGGACAAAAUAUCGACAGAGCUAAGCAGGUCGAAAUAUUCUCUCGACCAGCCUAUAGAACGAACAUCAAUUAAUAAUGACAAAGAUACAGAUAAAGAUCAGUCAGAGGAAGCUUCAAAUAGUACCGAUUUUUAUCUUCGAUUUCCUGAAAUUACGAAGCAGCUUGCUUGCAAGUUUCCAUCUCUACCACAUGCCGACAAAAGUUGUGAUGAGAAACGAUCACCAGAAACUGUAACACAAAAUACAUCUGCUGAAUCAAACUUAGAUGGAAGGGAGACCAGCACAGCAAUAAAACAGAAAAACAAUGACACACACCACGCUCCAGGUGGUACAAUAUCACCAGAAAAAGUAAAGGUUGCUGUAGAAAUAUCAUCCAAAAGUAGAAAUGAUAACAACAGUCAAAGUAAUGUAACUGGUAGGGUACUAAAUGAAAUCUGUAUUCAGAAUGACGAUGAAAUAGAUCAUGGAGUUAGAAGUUCUGAAAACGAGGAACUGAAUGAGAACCAGAUAUCUAAAUCAGAACGUACCGUCAGUUUUACUAAUCCAACACCUGUCUUUCUAUUUGCUAACAAGAAUAACAAAAAGUUUUACCAGACAGAUAUAAAUGAAUUAAUUAUACCAAAAGAUUUUGAAGACAGUCCAGAUUUUUCUCUUUGCACGGAUUUAACUGCAAAAAAAAAUCUUCAAACAAGCCAUGGUUCAAAGACGAAAACAAUAGCAACGUUGAAGAAAGUGUCCAAGUCAUUAAGUAGCACAACGAAUGUAUCUACAGAAAAAACAACUGCAAUCAAAAGCAACAACUCGAGUUCAAUUUCGUUGGUAAAAAUUCACGACACAACUAGUCCAGUAGAGCGAAAUAUUAUCGUUUUGCGUCCAACCUCCGUAGUUUCAUCGACACAAACCACUUUAGUAGGUAGUUCAGGAACACAAACCCCCCGUUUAAUUGGAAACGCGUCAGUAUUCCCUACCUGUGCUACAAGUUUGUUGAAAUCGUUUGCUUCUGAUUCUCUGAAGAUUUGCAACACUGAUAAUUCUGUAGUACAGUCUUCAAAACGACCAGAAACCUCCAACGUCACAAAUGCUACAUUAAAUAGCAAUCGCCCAAUGCAUUCUGGGAAAUACAAUAAUAAUCUCUUUAGAAACAAAAAUGCAAAUCCGGAAGUUAUUGUGAAUAUUUCGAUGAAUUCUACAAAAGCUGGCACUAUAGUUACAUUAAAUUCAUGUGGAGCACAAAAUCUCAAGAAUACUGACAGUAAACCAACUAUCGCUGCUGCUGGUCAUACGAGGCCGAAUCUCUCAACACUACUAUCAACAAAGCUGAAUGUUGUAACUGCUAUGCCCUCUCAAAUGAAUGUAUCAACUACAGUGCCGACGAAACACAAUGUUGCAAAUGCAGUGCCGACGAAACCGAAUGUAGCAAAUUCAAUGCCGUCUAAGGUGAAUGUUUCAACUGUAGCGCCGACGAAAUUGACUGCUGUAUCUGCAAUACCCUCUGACGUGAACGUAUCGUCUGCAUUACCCACAAACCUAAAUGUUCCAACUGCAGUGAGGACUGAGAUCAAGCGAAAAUUACGACCAAUGUUAAUACCAACUUCUUCGUCAAAUCCAAACGCAAACAAUGUACAGUUAUUUAAGUGUGAACUCCCAAAAGUCAAUAUUGUGAGAGACAAUGAUGUUAUCAACAAAACAACUGUUGAAAAUAAGACACUAUGUUAUAAACAUAGUUCGACAUUCAGAAAUCCUACCUAUACAAAUGUCAACUCAUCGGGACCUUAUCAUUGCCAGUUAGUAAACACGGGACCACACCCACGUGUAAGUUUUAGCGAUGUUAACAACGUAGAAAAAGGUACAAAUCCUAACCAAAACCCAUUAGUAAUUACUGUUUAUCCAACAAAUUAUAGUUUGUCAUCUGCAUUGAUACCAUCAUCGAAAAGUGUUCAAGCUAAAACUGUUCAAGUUAAAACUGUUCCAGCUAAAAGUGCGCCAGCUAAACCUGUUCCAGUUAAAAGUGUUCCAGCUAACACUGUUCCAGCUAAAAGUGCCCCAGCUAAACCUGUUCCAGUUAAAAGUGUUCCAGCUAACACUGUUCCAGCUAAAAGUGCUCCAGCUAAAACUGUUCCAGCUAAAAGUGCUCCAGCUAAAACUGUUCAGGGAAAAAUGUUGAUGCAAACUGAAAAGUCUUUACUUAAAUCUCCGACAGUAUACACUGCUGUGCGUAAAUUGACAAGCCAAACAACAAGCUUUCAGAUACGUCCACCUAACAAUAUGAGCAGUCAGAUACGUCCAUCUAACAUUAUAAGCAGUAGUAAUGCAUCGUUAAAAAAUUUGGGCAAACUUGUUUCUGUCCUUCCGAAAACCGUGCACAAACAAACAGCAACAGCUUCUGCUGAAAGUGUUCUCGAGAACACGAGAGAAAAACUUGAACAAAAAUUAGUAGAAAUUUUAAACAAGACAAGUGAUAAUCCGGAUGUUUUCAACCAUACCAACACAAAGCUAGUGAGUUCAAAAAAACAAAUGUUAUCGACAGCUAAUCAUCCUACAAAAUGUGUUGUAUCAGCAACUUCUCCAGGUAUUACCAUUAUUCCACCAACUAUAACUAUCCCACCUAAAGAAGUCAUUGUGCGGCCGCCCAUUAUUGUUAAGGUCAUAAAUCAUGUAGAUACGCAAUCUAACAAUUCUGUAUCUAUACUUCCAAAAGCAGGUGGAUUACAUCCUCAAAGUACAACAAUGAAAAAAAUGACCUUUGUUUCGCCGUUAAAAACACUUACCGUAAGUGAUGCAUUGAAACAUUCGGUUGGUUGUUCUUCAGCUAGACCGUUGAAGACAACAACAGUGACACAGCAACUUCCUGAGAUGUACAUCCGUUCUAAUAAACAACCAACGGCAUCUGAACAAAAUAAGUAUUCAAAAACAACAAUGGUGAGUCAAGAUGUUCAUUAUUAUGUUGAGAAUGAUUCGACAUCAGUAGACCCACGUGAUCUAAUAAAUCAACAGAAUAGAGGUAAUAUAUCUGUCAAAUUGCCUUUGACUUCGAAAGAAGACAUCAACUUGAGUAAAGUCAACGCGGCUUCUCAAUUUAGUGUGCCAAUCAUCGGAUCACAUAGCCAAGGCAUAGGUACCGUUGGUCGUUUAGCUACUGCUCUUCCUACGGUGGAAACAUCUAACAUAGAUUAUGAGUCAAACUGCGAAGAAAAUACAGAAAGUUCCGGAAUUUUAAUCGAUUCUGUUUAUUCGCUGCGGCAGAAUGAUCCUGAGGCACAAAAUGGACUUUCAAGGGAGGCAAUUUGGCCUAAAGUCGACAAAGAACAGAUUAGACAUUUUGCUUAUCAGUUUGAUUGUAAUGUUCAACGCGCAAACGUGAAAUUAGAUAAAGAAACUAAAGAGGAUGAUCGGCUCAGAGAACCUUGUUUUGUUGUUCUCAAGAGCUCAAACGACGGAUCGACAGCUAUUGAUUCACGGUGUUCUCUGAAAUGUAGGAGACCUUUUGUAAAAAGAUUAAGUGAAAGAAUUGUUCGAAAAGGAUUGAAAUCUAAUAAAAUAAGUAUAAGAAAAAGUAUUUAUAGAUCGGCAAAAAAACAACAGAAGUCAUUCCCAGUUAAAUCUGGUCAAAAUCAACAAAAGGAAAGACUGCAAAAGAAGUCAUCUCCAGGUCAAUCUGGUCAAAAUACACAAAACACUAAGUCUUUAUCUCUUGAACCUAAUGCUAUGUCUUCUGCACAAAAAAGUGCAAUUGUACCGCCAACUUCCGUGGCAAACAGACCUGGAAGAAUGUUGCCAAAUCCAAUAAACACAGUUGCUAAAGUUAAUGAAACGAUCACCGAUAAACAAGGCAACAAAUUUAUGAUGAUAAAGCUAGGCAGUAAAACUAUACUUAUCCCAACUAUCAAUAAUGCUGAUAAACCCAAAGCUUACGUUCUAGAAUGUGAUCCGAAAACAUCACUCCAAGAAGCCAUUAAACAAGUAACAAAACAGCAUAUGGCCUCUUUUCCGGAUAAAACAAAUACAUCCAUUUUAUCAUUAGCCAGCUCAAAACCGUCGGCAACUGUAACUAGACAAACGCCUAAUACUUCUAACGUGGCAACCUCAUCAUUUACGGGUUGGGCUUCCGCUUCAACUACUUCUGCGCAUACGAUAUUACCAAUGAACAGAGUGAAAAGCGAACCUGUUACUGCAGGAUACGGAGAUGAACAAGAGAAUCAUGAUUACACCGUAACAGUAAAAACUGAACCCGAGAUUUCUGGCGAUAGAGAUGAAUCAAAAGAUAAUGACAGUGGUCCUUCAAAAAGCAAAAUUGCCAGAACAGAAGGUGCUGUAAAGACUGAAAGUGCAUCUGAAAGAAUAAAACGUUUAAGGGAUGAACUAAAGACUCAAGAAAAAGCUUUGGAGGAAGUUAGACGCAAAAGAAAACUAGACACGUCUCUUUUGUAUUAAAUUUAUAUAGACAAUUUCUCCACCAAACUACGAGUCGACAGAUAUAAACGCGAAAAUGAAAAAAAAAGAAAAUAUUUUUCAUAAUGUUCAUUGAGUAAAUAUAUCGAGAUAAAUGAAACAUUUUCAAUACCUAGAUACACUUUUAUAUUUGCCAGUAAAAAUGUUAUUGGCA